AUUGACUGUGUAUGUUGAAUUUGUUAUUCCCACAGUUUUGAUGCUAAGUUGCAAUCGAACCAAAGUCUCCAGUUUCUUGAGGAACUCAAAAGUUGCAGAUAGCGUUGUUCACUGUUGUAGACCAGAGAUAAUGAAAUGAAUGAACCAGAUGAUCUAUUGAAGUACUUUACAGGUAAGGCAGAGGCUGAAAUCUGCGAAGGUGGAGAAUUUGAACUCGAUAAACUUUACGAAAACUGCUCUAAAAAUCCUGGCCACGCCGGUUUUAUUCCUGUGGAGGAGCUAACCCUCGACCACCUGCCUCCCAGGUACCGUGACGACGAUUUGUUGGAGAUCGUGCGUUGUAUUUCAACCUUGACCGCCCUGCUGAUCGGUAAAUACAGCAGCGAGCGUAGGCCACAGUUUCUGCCGAAAACGAGGGAGGCGUAUCCGGGGUUCGAGAGUAGGGGCGACUACUCCUUAAAAACGGGCACCGGAAGGGUGCGUCGCGUGCAGAGGUACUCUGAACGGGAAAAACAAAAACUGGUGUGCAACUGUGAUGAGUGUCGUUUUUCGGAAAAUCCCAAAACACCGGUGGGGAAACUUGAGAUUCAGACGGCGACGCACGUGGUUUUUGACCAGAGUGAGUUGGAGAGAACGACCUGCGUGUUCUUUUAUGAUAAAGGUCAAAGUUCAACGGUCAAACUCCGGGGUCAGAGGAUAGUCAGCGUGAUGACCCUCGGGGACUGGUGUCGUUUUUCAUGCCUGACAUGCGACGUUAGUUUUUUCGACAAGAUUUAUAAAACGUGGAAAAAAUUCGACGAUUUGCUGGAAAUUAUAAACGAUAAAUACGACGAGUUCGUCGAUGAAGACAGACUGGCGAUCAUCGUGUCGCAUCCACACGGCAAGCAGAAACAGGUUUCCAUUGGACAGUGGCACAAAGCGUUAAACGAAGCGGACAGCGUCCACUCGAAAUACUCAUACUACACGUGCACGUGUCCGGGCAGCAGUGGGGCGUAUGUGUACAUGGUGGGUGAGCGGUUCACCACCUACUGUCACGUGCACAGCUGCACCAGUCAGCUCGGGAGCUACAGCAGCGAGGGCGGGCUCGGCGCGGCGUGA